UGUCUGCAUUAUAGAUUCUCCAUAUCUGAGAAUAAACAAACGAUUGGAUAAAGUACAUAGAACUUCGAUCUUUUCUCACAACAACCCAAAGAAGAAAAAAAAAGAAAGAAAGAAAGAAAGAAACAGAGCUAUUUUCUCAAUUUCAAUGGAGGAGGAGAAGAGAAAAGGUCUGCGAGUGGUUCUCUUCCCUCUUCCAUUACAAGGCUGCAUAAACCCUAUGCUUCAGCUCGCCAACAUCCUUCACUCCAGAGGCUUCUCCAUCACUGUCAUCCACACGCGCUUCAACGCGCCUCGAGCUUCGAGUCAUCCUCUCUUCACUUUCUUGCAGAUUCAAGAUGGCUUGUCCGAUGCUGAGAUUAGAGACGCUCCUACCUCGAACGUUAUGUCUCUCCUCGCGCAAAUCAACCUCAGCGCUGAGUCUCCGUUUCUUGAUUGCUUGAACAAGGUGCUGCUUGAGUCUAAAGAUUCGUCAGAGAAGGUUAGCUGUUUGAUAGAUGAUUGUGGAUGGCUCUUCACGCAAACUGUUUCAGAGAGUUUGAAACUUCCGAGGAUGGUUCUCUGUACUUUCAAAGCCACUUUCUUCAAUGCUUAUCCAACGCUUCCACUUAUCCGAGCCAAAGGCUAUAUUCCACUUCCAGAUUCGGAAGCAGAGGACUCUGUUCCUGAGUUCCCGCCGCUUCAAAAGAGAGAUCUUUCAAAGAUUUUCGGGGAAUUUGGAGAGAAACUCGAUCCGUUCUUACUUGUUGUGGUCGAGACGACUAUGAAUUCUUCAGGGAUAAUAUACAUGUCAUGCGAGGAGCUUGAGAAAGAUUCCUUGACUCUCUCUAACGAGAUUUUUAGAGUUCCGAUCUUUGCGAUUGGUCCGUUUCAUAGCUAUUUCUCUGCUGCGUCAAGCAGCUUGUUCACACAAGACGAAACUUGCAUCCCUUGGUUAGAUAGUCAAGAGGACAAAUCCGUGAUCUACGUGAGCCUGGGAAGCGUUGUGAACAUUACGGAAACAGAGUUCUUGGAGAUUGCUUGUGGUUUAAGCAACAGCAAACAGCCUUUCUUGUGGGUGAUACGGCCUGGUUUGGUACUCGGCGCGAAGUGGAUCGAACCGCUCUCUGAAGGGCUCGUGAGAAGCCUUGAAGAGAAAGGGAAAAUAGUGAAAUGGGCGCCACAACAGGAGGUUCUUGCGCAUCGAGCCGUUGGAGGGUUUUUAACACACAAUGGUUGGAACUCGACGCUUGAGAGUAUAUGCGAAGGGGUUCCUAUGAUCUGUUUGCCUGGAGGUUGGGAUCAAAUGCUGAAUUCAAGAUUCGUGAGCGAUAUUUGGAAGGUCGGAGUUCACUUGGAAGGUCGGAUUGAAAAAAAGGAGAUUGAGAAAGCUGUGAGAAUGUUAAUGGUGGAAAGUGAAGGAGAAAAGAUUCGUGAGAGGAUGAAGGUUUUGAAAGACGAGGUCGAGAGAUCGGUUAAACAUGGAGGCUCGUCUUUUCGAUCGAUAGAGACUCUAUCUAAUUAUUUACUAUCGUUGUAAGUUGGGAAUAUUUUUGCUCAAGAUACCUCAACGUUUUUUUAAACGCAUAAAGAAAAUAACUUUUGUUAUCA